AACUUUUCGCCUUCCUUACUAUCCCUACUACGUGUACUUGAGAUCGAACCUUUCUCAUUUCAAACGUGAUCUGAAUUAGUUAAUUUAGUUAAGUUUACCUGUAUUAAGAUUGAAAAUUGUAAUACUUACUUGUAACAUUGAGAUUGAUAUUCAUCAUUUUUAAAUAAAAAUCUAUUAAGUAAUAUAAUAUUUUAGUGAUCGAAGUAAAUCUAGCAAUUUUCCGACAUGGCGGAGGUCAAUUUAAGGAUCAUUCCUAGUGAAUUUAUUAAAAUAAUUCCUAUGUUUAAUGGCGAUGGACGGCACAUAAACUUAUUUUUAAGGAAAUGUGAAUACAUUAUUGAAAGGUUUCGAGGUGAUCAAGCUCAAAAUGAGUAUGUUAUGCAAGUAAUCACGAGCAGGCUUACUGAUAAUGCAGCUGCGUUGAUUAGCGAGCGUUCGGAUGUAGAGACGUGGGCGGAAUUCAAGGAAUUACUGCAGAUACACUUUGGGGAUCCGCGCAGUGAAGAGUGCAUUGCCAUGACUUUAGAAUCGCUAAAGAUAAAAACAGGUGAAACUUACUUAGAAUUUUGUAACCGUGUGAAAUCGAUAAGGGCCAACCUUAUUGCUAAGGUUAACUUGUUGGAUGAUGUUCAAAUGAGGAGUAGUAAAAUUACUAUUUAUAAUAAAUUGGCGCUUAACGUCUUCUUGUUUAACUUGCCGGAAAAUAUGGUCAGGAUUGUACGACUCCACGGACCCAAUACGCUGGAGGACGCCCUCAGCGUGGUACUCGAGGAAGUGAAUUUUCACGAACAAUAUCAGGCUAAAAAUAAAACUAACACAUCUGCGAUUGCUAAGCCUCAAGCGCCCCUCGUACCUACCCCGCAACAAUCCACCUCAUUUGUCUCAACACCUCAGUUCAAAUUUGGCAAUAAUUUACCUGUUCAGAACCAGGGUUUUGGUUCACGAACCUUUAUGCCCAAUCAAAACACAAAUACUCAAAAUCAAUUUAAAUUCGGCAUCCCUCAAUUUAAAUUUGGCAUUCCCCAGUCUAGAUUUCCAAUACCGCAUCAAUUCCAAAAUCGUCCAGUACAGACUACACAGUUUGGAUACAGGCCGCAGUUCAACCCGCAAGCAGGUCGCCCUGCACCCUAUGGCUAUAGACCAGUAGGCUUACAACAGUUACCCCCUAUGCGACCUCAACAAUUCGGUCAACAACAAGGUUAUAGACCUCCACAACAAGUUGCUCAACCGUCAUUCCCCUCGGAUGUUACCAUGCGCACCGCACCCCCUUUGAAACAUAGCUUCCAUGUAAAUGAAACCGAACUUUAUGAAACCGAUUACCCGUAUUAUAUGGAAGACCCUUACGUACCUGAGUAUAACUCAUACAAUGAAGACUCUUCAUAUUAUUAUAAUUCGUGUUCAUUUGAUACAGACGAACAAUGCACGCCCACGCUCGCCUUAGAGGAAGCGAGUGCAGAUAAGACAGAAUGCGCUAUGAGUGCAUACGACUCCAACCAAGAUGAUAACAAGCAGACGCGAAAUUUUCACGUACACGCCUCGAUAGGCGCGAGGAAAAAAUAGAGUUAAAUUGUGAUAUAAA